AUUUACUCUGAAGCUUUUGGUAUUGAAAUAUUUUUAUCCUUUAUAAAAUAUUCUUUGGAUCUGAUAAAAAAUUUAUCAACAAUUUCUGCUGAUUUAGUAGUUCCUAUCAAAUAUCUUAUAUUAGAUUCAAAAAAUAAUAGUCAGUUAAAUGUAGCAGACGCUUUAACAUAUACACUAAUAUCAGAUCACCCUGAUGGUUUGUCCAUAACUAUUGUGGUAGAUAGGAGAGGUGUGGCAUUAGGUGUAGUGUAUUCAUCUACUGAGAGUGUGAAAGAAGUACUUAAAACUAGAACAGGAGUAUAUCAAAGUAGAAAAUGUGGUUUAUGGCACAAAGGUACUACAUUAGAAUCCAUUCAAGAGUUAAAAAAAAUUAAAGCAGUUGUGAUGGAGACUCCUUGA